AUGCCGCUUGUCAAAAUCAAGGUGGAGGUUUUUAAAAACUUCGAAUUGAAUUAAUAAAAUUAUUUUGUUUUAGAAUCGGAUUUUUGUCGAAUCUACUUCAUCUUCAACUCAAUUUACAGUCGAUGAUUCGACCAGUGAAGUCCAGAAUGAGUAUUUAGAGACGUUUGGUAUGUCUUGCUUAAAAAAAUCUGAUCGUGACAGUUUUUGUUGAAAAUUUUACUGGUCAGUGAGAUUGAUAAAUUCAUAUAAUUAGGAUUUUUGAGUGGAAUUUCUGAAAACUUAAAUUCUACAUAGAAUUCAGGACGAUUUUUAUAAUGAAUUUAGAUGAAAUGUUCAUUGAAAUCACAUUUUUAUUCAUUUUUCUACAUGGAAAACUGAAUUGAAUUGAAAUUUUAGAAAAAAAAGUAAGGUAUUUCGUCGGAAAAACUAUUGGAAUUUCAAAAAUUCUGAUCUUUCAUCUUUUCAGACCAUCUCAGUGACAAAAAACGCCGAAGAUACUCCAGGUCUGGAGGUUUCAAAACGCCCGAAGAGAUCCGCGAAAUGAACCGAUUGAGGCAAAGAUUGCGGCGUGAGCGAAUCAAAAGUGGAAAUCGAUCUGAAACCUUUCGAUAGCUUUCGGAAUUCAGAUGGAGAGCCGAAACCAGCUAGGACGGGUCGUCAGAAAAUUUUCACAGAAGAAGAAGCGCGAUUGAGACGGGCGUCACAACAGAAAGAGUACCGGCAACGGCAAAAAGGUCCUCUUUUCCUUUAUUUUAUGACCAUAAGUUGAUUCAGUUGAAGUUUUUUUUCCACUCAGGAGCCUUGUAAAUGUUAAAUAAUUAAAAAAGAUUUUUUUCAGUCAGAGAAGAUGACGAAAAAUCCAUCGAGGAAUCUCUUCAACAUCGAAUUCCUGUACAAAGUUCGAACAAAGAUAGUUAGUUUCUUAACUUCAUUGCUCUGCAAUACAGUUCUAGAAAAGUUACUGCAUCCAAUGAUCGAAAAAAAUCAGAAAAUGUCAGUUUUUCUCCCAUUUCUAAUAUUUUUCGGAUUACGGUAGGUGUAGUGCAGACACCGAUACAUUGGAAACGCACCAGAAGUGUUGGAUUUUACGACUUUUCCCAAAAAUUGCUUCUUCAUGAAUUUUUUGCGUUUUCCCAUCUUAUAUUGCAUUUAUUUUUAUAUUGAUUGAUUUUUAACUUCUCAAAUUUCAAGUUGAUCUUGUUACGUUGCUGAAAAUCCAUGAGAGAAAUCGACUGGCGCGUCAUGCCUCCUAUCAGAGAAACUAUCGGAAGCGACAAAAAGGUUCAAUUUUCACUAGAUUUUGUUUUAAAUGUAUCAUAAUUGUUUUCAGAACGACAAAAAGCUUUGGAGAAUCAGCAAGAUAAAGGUUUUUUGUACAGAAUUUUAAUUUUAUUUUUUACUUUUUGUAGAACCGGAACCCCUACCGACUUUCCUUCAGUCGAUAGUCGAAAAGGCGGUGGAAGAAAAGGAAAAAAAUCGGAAUCGGGUUUUUCUUAUAAACUUUUUUUGCAGAAAAAAUGAAUAUUUAUUUUUUUAGAAAAAAAUCUCGAGCCGAAGAUUUGCUGACGUUGCUUUUUUUGGACACAAAGGUCUUGAAAAAUCAAGGGGAAGGUCGGACUUUUUGAACAUUUCUUGAAGUAUUCAUUAUUUUUUUCAGACGUUGCGGAAGAGGAAAAAAAUUUCGAGAAGUGA